UUUCACAUACACAUUAAAUCCAAAGUAAAAGAGGAGAGAAUAGAGACUAAACAGAGAGUAGCCUAUGAGCAUGGCAAUGAAGUCAGUUUCUACCUUGGCUAACUCUGAAGUAUCUGAUCAGAUAGGAGCGCAGGAUAGUAACCCGCAGUGCCUUAGAGAAUACAGCGGUGCGCCUUUGAGCUAUUGCACGGCUAGGAUCUAUCCGUCGCUGUGUUACCAUAGAUGCCGUUCGGAAAAGAGCGCGAAAGGUGGAAAAUGCGACGGUCUUAAAUGCUUCUGCGAUUUCUGCAGCGGCAAAACUUCUGCCAUCACUUUCUAAUCAGUGUUUUAAAUCUUGCAUGUGUCCUGUGUAAUGGUUUGUCUAAUAAUGAAAUGUAAUAUGGUCCAACCAGUAAUGUAAUAAUGAAUCAGGGAAAAUCAAAUAAAGAAACGGUAAGACUUUGAUCUUGUUACUA